UCGGGAAAUACCAACGUGUCGUUAGUGGAAUGGUAAACAAACAAAAUCGGCGUCAGAAAAUAGCAUAUUCGUGAUUUAAACCAGUUUUCAGUGAUUUGAAGGUGAAAGCUAAGGUCUGUGUGUAUUCGGCCAAUCACUCCAUGAGGAAAAGGAUGACGUGAUCCAAGAUGGACAGAAAACCUGGGACCCUGGCAAAGAAUCCGAAGAAUGCUGCAUCGUCUUUGGUUUGGAUCAAGAUUGUUGGCAUCGGUAACUCUGGUGUUGGCAAAACAUGCCUGAUCAAACACUUCUGUGAGAGCAAGUUCAGCUCGGGCUACCAGCCAACAGUGGGUGUGGACUAUGGAUUCAAAAUACAGAGUGUCCAGGGCAUGGAUCUACGAGUCCAUCUCUGGGAUUUGUCCGGCAAUGCAGAAUACCUCGAUGUCCGAAAUGAGCUAUAUGCAAAUACAGACGCCGUCUUCUUGGCCUUUGACCUGACCAAUCAAGCAAGCUUUGAAAGCCUCGACAUCUGGCUGCGGGAACUCACCAAAUAUGCCAAUUCUCCCCCUGAAGUCAUACUUUGCGGCAACAAGUUGGAUCAGAAAAAUAAACGAGUGAUCUCAGCAGCCGAUGCAAAUAAAUGGGCCUCAGGGCAUAAAAUCAAAUACUAUGAAACGUCAUCGUCAAACGGGGAUGGCGUCGAAAAAAUGUUCGUGGACGUUUUGGAGAAAAUUGUGGAGAAGAAACACUUGAAAGAGAUUGUGAAGAUUCCACAGAUUUGAUACGAUGCAACAGGGGUGUUUGGGACGGUUUAGCUUUUAGGGGAACAUUUUCGAUUUAUAGUCAGUUUAUAUCAAUGUACAAAAUAAACUCACAUUUUCAUAA